GACAUGGAAACUAUCCGGAGCUAUGCCACGAGCUGGCCAGCGAUUAUUGUAGGGGUGCUUGUACUCCAUUUCGCGUACAGGCGCAUACGCAAGGCUGCAUUUAUGAAGAAGAAUAACUGUGUAGAGUCGCAAUACUUGACUAAUGGAUUCUUUUCCAUCAGAUUACUUUUGGACAUGUUAGCCAAGAAGAAGAGUGGCGAACUUAUAGACUAUACUCAUGAGAUGUUUGAAGAUUCAAAUGGUACUUUUAGUGUCCGUCUUGCCGGGGUCCAGAUUAUGUUCACCAGAGAACCAGAUAAUUUGAAGGCUAUUCUUGCAACCCAAUUCAAUGAUUUUGCCUUGGGGAGCAGACAUGAACAUUUUCUUCCCCUUUUAGGAGAUGGAAUUUUCACAUUGGAUGGUCAAGGGUGGAAACAUUCACGUGCCAUGCUCAGACCCCAGUUUGCGCGUGAACAGGUUGCACAUGUGCAGGCCUUGGAACCACAUCUCCAAUACUUUGUCCAACAUGUACGUAAAUCUGGAGGAUCAACCAUCAAUAUCCAGGAAUUAUUUUUCUGUUUAACUGUUGAUACCGCUACCGAAUUUUUAUUUGGUGAAAGUGUUGCAUCCUUGCAGGAUUCAUCGAUUGGAUGUCACGAUGUUAAUGAUUUUGAUGGACGUAAGAAUUUUGCAACCUCUUUUAAUUUGGCACAAUCUUAUUUGGCAUCAAGAUCUUGGAGUCAAUUUUUCUACCCACUUAUCAAUAAUCGUGAAUUCCGUGAUGCAUGUAAAAACGUACAUACAUUCGCCCAAUAUUACGUCAAGAAGGCAUUGGAGGCAACUCCAGAAGAAUUGGAAAAGCAAAGUCGUGGAGGAUAUGUGUUUUUAUAUGAAUUGGUUAAGGAAACUAGAAACCCCAAGGUUUUACAAGAUCAAUUAUUGAACAUUUUACUUGCUGGAAGAGAUACCACUGCUCUGAUGUUGUCAUUUACAUUUUUUGAAUUAUCGAGAAACCCUGAUGUUUGGCAGAAGUUAAAGGAUGAAAUCUACACAACUUUUGGAAAAGAUGACAUUGAAGGUAUUACAUUUGAAUCAUUGAAAAAAUGUGAAUAUUUGAAAUGGGUAGUUAAUGAAAUCUUACGUCUUUACCCAUCAGUUCCAUUGAAUUUCCGGAUUUCUACCAAGGAUACUACAUUACCAGUUGGAGGUGGUAAAGAUGGUGUUUCUAAAGUUUUUGUACCCAAGGGAACCACAGUAGCUUACGAUGUAUACUCAACCCAUAGAAUGGAAAAGUAUUAUGGUAAGGAUGCCAAAGAAUUCCGUCCUGAAAGAUGGUCUGAAGGGGGUAGAUAUGGAUGGGCUUACCUCCCAUUCAAUGGAGGUCCAAGAAUUUGUCUUGGCCAACAAUUUGCCUUGACAGAAGCUUCUUAUAUUAUCACAAGAUUGGUGCAAUUAUUCCCCAAUUUGGAAUGCCGUGAUGAUAGACCAUAUCCUUGUAACAAAAAUGAACAGCUUACAAUGUGUCAUCAAGAUGGGGUUUUUAUUUCCUUAUCUUAG